GCGCAAUGGAGCGCGGGUGCUGGGCAGGGGUCCGCGGGCAGGGCCCUCAGGGUCCCCGUGGGCCCGGGGCCUCUCGCACCCGCACCCGUACCGGCGCCCUGCUCCUGCUGCUGCUCCUGCUGCUGCUGCUGCUGCCUCGGCGGCCGGCAGGUGAGCCCGUCGGUCCCCAGCGCCCUCCCGGUCCCCAGCGCCCUCCCCGGCAGGCACGCCCACACCCCGGGCCGCCUCUGACCCGCUCCUGACCUUCCGCAGGCUGCUUGGCCGCAGGCGAGUUCCCCGGGACGCUGCCCACCGCAGUCCCGACCGGCCCUGGCGGCCCCUGUGACCCCAGAGCCACCUGUCCCUCAGGCAGGCUUCGCCUUCCCCGGCAGGACCCUACACCGACCACCACGCCACAGACCGCGGGGACGCAACCCAGCGAUCUCCCCUUCUGCGGCACCUCCCAUGAGACAGACCCUACUCUCCGAGACCCAGAAGCCAUGACUCGGCGGUGGCCAUGGAUGGUCAGUGUGCGGGCUAAUGGCAUCCACAUCUGUGCUGGCACCCUUAUUGCUUCCCAAUGGGUGCUGACCAUGGCCCAUUGCUUGACCCAGCAACACGUUAACUACACAGUGAGGGUGGGGAGUCCAUGGAUUAACCGGACCACGGUAACCAGCACAGACGUGCCAGUACGUCAGAUCUUCAUCAACAGCGGCUACCAACCCAGGCGGUUCUGGUCUUGGGUCGGCCGGACCAACGACAUCAGCCUCCUCAAACUCCAGUGGGGGCUCAAGUACAGCAAAUAUGUGUGGCCCAUCUGCCUGCCCGGCCUGGAAUAUAUGGUGGAGGACAGUUCUCGCUGCACCGUGACAGGCUGGGGGUAUCCCCGGAUUAAUGGCAGGUGGCCCCAGUUCCAAACCCUCCAGGAGAAGGAAGUCUCCAUCCUGAACAGCAAGAAAUGUGAGCGUUUCUACCACAAGUUCUCCAGAAUCUCCUCCCUGGUUCGGAUCAUCACAUCUCAGAUGAUCUGUGUCUCGGACAACAACAGGGAAAAGUUCUGCUACGAGAUAACUGGCGAGCCCUUGGUCUGCUCUUCAGGCGGCACAUGGUACCUGGUGGGGAUGAUGAGCUGGGGCCCCGGCUGCAAGAAGAGCGAGGCCCCGCCCAUCUUUCUGCAGGUCUCCUCCUUCCAGCCGUGGAUCUGGGACCACCUUAGUGGGGAGGCCCUGGCCCUCCCAGCCCCUUCCAGGACGUCGCUCCUGGCUUUCCUUCUGCUCCUCGGCCUUCUUGUUACUCUGUGACGCUGCCAGGUCCCCUGCCCUUCCUACUGAGUGCUGCUGUGGGUGUGGCAAUCGGCAGGGACUAGCAGAGAUUAAACACUUCUUUUCCCCA